AUGGGUGAUGAAGGGAAUAAGGAUGAAGGACCCAAUCGUAUUAUGGUCUUCCUUCGUGUUCGCCCGGCGAAGAAAGGUGAGAUUGAUCCCGAGAAUGGAACUCAUUUUCUACUUGAUAUUCAACCCGACAAUAAAACCUGCCUUUUAGAGGGAAAAACGUAUAGCUAUGAUUAUAUAUUCAAUGGUGAAGUGGAUCAAGGGGAUAUUUAUUAUCGAGUAGCUCAGCCUGUCGUUACUAACGUUUUCAAAGGUUAUUGGGGUACUGUAAUGGUCUAUGGACAAACGGGUACUGGUAAAUCUUUCACUAUGUGUAAUUUCAGUCCAUCUAAUGCAGGUAUUAUUCCACGAACGAUGAAAUACAUUUUUGAAACCAUACAAAAUGAUUCUGAACGAAUUUACACUGUUAUGUUCUCUUUUAUUCAGAUUUACGUGGAUAAAUUACAAGAUUUGUUUAAUCCUGAGGCUCCUGAGUUGAAGAUUAAUAGAGACAAAAAUGGUGUUAGUUUCCCAGGAGUUGUGGAACAUACUGUAAAAGAUGAAGAAGAUUUUCGUCGUCUUUAUGAUGAUGGUAAUCAAUACCGAGUAAUUACUGCAACAAAAAUGAAUCCAGAAAGUUCUCGAGGUCAUGCUGCUUUAUUUAUUCAGGUGAAAUCUGUUCCAAAAGAUGACCCAGGUGGUGAGGUUCGAAGUGGAAAACUUUUUCUUAUCGAUCUUGCCGGAUAUGAACGUUUUAGUAAAACAGGGGUUCAAGAAGGACAAAUGGCAUUAGAGGCAAAGACUAUUAAUGCAUCUCUUUUGUCUCUUGGAAAUGUUGUUCAAGCUUUAUCAGAUCGUUCAGAGCACGUUCCAUGGCGUAAUGCAAAACUAACCCGUAUGCUUGAGGAUGCUAUUGGUGGACGUGCAAAAUGCAGUAUUAUACUUACUGCAGGUCCGAGUAGUGAACAUUUACAUGAAACACUUGGAACACUUUAUUUUGGUUCUCGUGCUAUGGCAGUAAAAACGAAUGCUAAACUUGCUGUUAACAUUGACUAUAAGAAAUUGGCCGCAAAACUACAAGAGUUACUUGCUGCUGCAGAAGGUCGUAUUAACACUCUUGAAGUAGAAGCAACUCGAAGACAACUUGAACGUGAAGAAGCAGAAGCAGCAUUCCAAGCAGAAUGGGCAAGGAUUAAAAAGACUCAACAAGAUCAACUGAAUGAAUUACUUGCAUCUGGUGCAUCAAAAGAAAAGAUUGAAGAACUUAUUCGUUUUAAUGAAGAAGAGAAUAAAUUAAUGGAAGAGCAACAAUAUCAACAACGACAAGCGCUUGAGGAACGUCAUGAACAAGAGUUAAAGGAAGCUAUGGAGAGGGAACAAAAAACUUUAAUGAAUCAGACUGCUGAAUCAACUUCUAAUAUGAGUAAAGACAUUGGUGAACUUCAUCGUCAACUUUCACAAGAACGUCAAGAGAAGGAAAAGUACAAAUUAAAGGCCAAGGAAGCAGAAUCUGAAGCACGACGUGUAACAAUGGAGAUGAAUGAAUUAAGAGUUCAGAUGGAAGGAGAAGGACUUGCUGGUUUAUCAGGAUCAACUUCAAAUCCUGAAUUUAAGAAAGAAUUUGAACGACGUAUCGAUUCUGUAAAGUCUAUGUAUGAGGAAAAUAUGCAACUUCGAUUAUCUGAGAUUGAAGAUUUACACAGUGAAGAAAUUAAUCGAUACAAAACUAUGUAUGAUGAUUUAAAAAGAACAAUGGAUAAUGAAAUACGAUCUCAAAAAGAUAAUCUUGUUGCUUCUUAUGAAGAAGAAAUUGAUGCUAUUCGUAGGAGCUCAGCAGAUGUACAGAGUAAACUUAAGAAAAACCAUCUUGUUAUUAAACAAUCAUACCAAACACAGAAGGAAUCUUUAGAGCAAGAAAACAGUGAACUUACUGCUUAUAUUGAAGCAUUAACUAAGCAAGUACAGUCUUUGGGAGCAAAACCAGUAUCAAAACCAUCAAAUGUUACCAAGUCAAACUCUUUAAUGAUACCAGGAGAUGCAAAUAAGAGAAUUCAAGAUCUUAUGACAACUAUUAAGGAACUUCGUGCAGAAAUUGCGUAUAUUCGAACAGAGAAAGAUGCCCUUACCAGAGAAAAAGAAACACAAGAAGCUAGAGGUGAAGAUAGGUUAAAUCCUGCACAAAUUCGUCAAUUGAAAAAUGAAAAUGAUGAAUUGAAACAAGUAAAGAAAAAUUUGGAAGAUGAUGUUUUCAGAAUGAAGGCAGAAUUGGCUUUAUCUAAGCAUCAAGUUGAAGAAGAUGAUGAUGAAGAUGAUGAAAUCGUAGAUGUAUUUGGAGACAAUGAAGGUAUUCCAAAAUUUAUUAAAAAUGUUCUAAAAGUUCCAUAUUUUGCUGGUACACAAGCAGUUCAAAGCACUCACAAAGCUAUUCUUGGAUCAUUAACUACUGAUCUAGAUGAAUAUAGACGUAUGUUGAAGUACAGAUUUUUUUUAAUUGGUAAUUCUAACGCUGGUAAAUCUAGCUUUAUGAAAUGUCUUGCAGCGACUUCUACACCUAUGAUUCGUGGUACACCAGAAGUUAUUACCCCUACAGUUCAUCCAACUUCUACUUCUGUUAAUGUGGAUGAUGCUUAUUGUUCAAGGAAUGAUUGGUAUAAAACAUACGUUAAAUUUUUGGAUUUGGAUACACCACAACAACAACAAUCAGGAGGUUUUUUGAGUUCUAUAGGUAUAUCAAAAAGUUCAAAAAAUGGUGUCAGUGAUCCUGCUAAAAUUCAUAUUGAUUUACUUGAUUUUCCAAGUGAUUUAACUUUUUGGCAUGGUAUUCCACCUUAUUUAUUACCAUCUAAAAAUGUUAUAUAUUGUUUAAUUUAUGAUCUUACAAAACCAAUUGAAGAUGUUAAACAAGAAUUGGAAAGGGAACUUAUACUUCUUCAUGCAGCUUGUCAUCGAGUAUAUUCUAAAGAUAUUGGUGGUGAUUCAGCUAAAAUUGGAUUUUGUUUGGUGGGUACCAGAAAAGAUGCUCUUAAGGAUUAUCGUGAUGCAUCUGUUUUGAUACACAUUAACAGAAUUGCUGUUCUUCUUGGAGACACUUUUUUUCGUUUGCGAGGAGAUGAUAAUCGUGGUCUUGUUUGUGUCGGUAAUUUCGCAGUAAGCGCUAAAGAUUGGUCAGUUUUAAGUACAAAGAAAGAUCAAGGACCAAAAACAUUUAAAGAAUUGAGUAAUUAUUUGGGUACUAUUGCGUCUCAACUUUAUUCUAACCGUCCAAGUAGUCUUUUACCAUCAUCUAAAGAUACUGCAUCUCAUCUAAGCUAUAUGCUUGGAGAUGAAAUGCUUGAGACUUCUGCUGAAAAGACAUCUCACCUUGUAGAGGCACAACGACGAAUGCGUCAAGGAAUUGUAACUCUUCUUACAGCAUUAUUUCGUGAACAAAAGGUUCGAUGGGCAUUACAAGAGUGUGAACUUAGAAAUUUAAUUUCUGAACAUUUGUCUCUGGAUUCUAAAACCAGUUAUGGUAUUUUUACUGAAAACUAUGUGGUACGUGAACUUUUUUCACGUGGAGUUAUUGUUGCCCUUCCGAGCGCUAUUAUUGAACCUAAGUAUUUACCACGUAUAAGUGGAUCUCAAAAACUUUCUCAUGAUGGUAUUAUAGUUUUGGAUCCCAGUCGCCUACUUGUUCAUUAUUCAGUAUUUAUGUGUCCUAGUUCAUUAACACGAGUACCAAGUGGAUCAUCGUUUCUUAAAGAUCGAGAAGUCAUGCAGUUUGAUUACUCUGGUUUAAGUCGAUGCCAAACUUCAUGGGGACAAGGUAUUGUUACUGGAGAUGUUACCCAAGUGGUUGGUGUUAAACUGUUACCACAAAUGGGUAAUGAUGUUAAAACGGCACAAGAAUUAUAUUGUGUUAUGGGAUUGGGACUACCACUAAAAACUGAAACUGCAAUAAUAUCACCACAACAUUUUUCAGCUCGCAUGUCUGAUUGUUUAAGUUACUAUUUAUCAUAUAUGAUUUCUUGUAAUGGUGAUGGUAUUGCAAGACAGUACAAAUUUAAUGCAAACCCAUCAACACUUUUUGCCUCUAUUCAGACAAAAUUAAUUCCCUUUUCUCAUGUUCCAUCAAAAGAUCCAAGACACUUGGUAAUGAAUUGGAAGGAUGCAUCAUUUCUUGUACUUGAAAAAAGUCGCUUAAAGUAUGGUGUUUUUGGUUCUAAAGGUGUAAAGGAUGCUGCUUCACAAACAAACAUUCCCAUUCGUGGUAUUAUGAAAUAUGAGGGUCAGUUCUUAUAUAUUGCCAUAACUGGGCGACACACUGAGGGCAAUAAAGCUAUUGAUGCGUGCAGUACAGUUUUGGACGCUAUCCAUUACGAAAUUGUCUCCACAUGCAAGCGAAACUUUCGUGGAGUGAAAGUGCAAUUUCAAGAACUUACUCUAACAGGGGCCUCUCAGAAGCGAGAGAGCUUUGCAGCUGGACAAGAAGCAAUAUUGAGUCGUUACAAAGCCGAUGAUAAGGUUAUAGCAGCACAACAGCAUAUCACUCUCAGUCUGAGUGAUCCAAAUGCCAAGGAGAUUGAGGAUGCUAUCAUCAAUUUACCUUUGAAGCUACGUGAAAAACCAGAUGGAUAA